GGAGUCAUCAUUGAAGACUUUGGUCAGACCAAAAACAUUUUACUAGUACGCGCCGAGCGAAUGCGUGAGUCGAAACGAAAAUAUUCUCUAUACCUAGUAGAGUAAUUUCAUUAAUAAGUACCUAAGUACUAUAUAUUAUUACAGUGGUGAAUGGUGUCAACAUUAAAUAAUGAGUGAACACGCUGUUAGCUUCGAUCGGCGCCAUCUUGUAACUCCGGUCAUCUACCACGGCAAGACCAGAAGGAAACUAUCCACCACUCGUCACACGGAUUCUCAGGGGGGGCACCAUGAUGAAGUGUUGGUGACCAUUAGCGUUGACGGCGAUGAGUACACCCUGGAGUUGUCACUGAACCGAGGAUUGCUGCCCGAGGGCCACGUCAUCAGCUACAGGGACGCAGACAAGAGUGUCCUGCACAGACCUAAUGAUAAGGAACUAGAGCUAUGCCAGUAUACGGGACACGUUAGAGGGAAGCAGGACUCGUGGGUGGCAAUUUCCACGUGUUAUGGUCUCCGUGGGGUCAUCCAUGAUGGCACCACCAUCAGAUACAUCGAGCCAGUCAAAGAGAACGAUAUACAGUCCCUGCACCGCGUUUAUGAGGAUAACAAUGUGAAGAAUCGCCAUUGCGGAUACGAUGCUCAGAACUCAGACAAAGCAUAUGAUACGUUUAUUGCAAGCAGUGACAACAAUAUGCGACAUAAACGUGCCGGAUCAUUUCCAAAACGCGGUUUCUUCAACGCUAACGAGGAGUCCCGAUAUAUCGAGGUGGUACUGGUGGCCGACCACGCCCAGUACCUGGGUGCCGACAGGAACUUGAAGCUGCUUCAUCAUCAACUGCAGGAGACCAUCAACAUUGCCAAUGCGAUAUUCUCGCCACAGAAUAUAUUCAUAGCAUUAACGGGCGUAGAGGUGUGGACUGCGGAAGACAGGAUAGUUUUGGACCCCGACACCCAAACCACUCUCCAGCGAUUUUGUGACUAUACUAUUCUGUUGAACACUAUCGGGAGCCACGAUCACGCUCAACUCGUAACGCAAACGGAUUUCUACAAGGGCCAUGCCGGCUUAGCAUAUGUGGAGUCGAUGUGUUCAGCAGAGUCUUGCUCGAUCAUCUACCGCUCUGCGCACAAUGUCACCGCGUCCACCAUCGUCAAAACCGCAUACAGCAUGCUCCACGAAUUGGGCCACAGUUUUGGCAUGCGCCAUGAUGGUGAUAACUGCACUUGCGCGGAUAAAUUUUGCGUUAUGAACAAGAAAGAACAGAGGGUCAUACCGACGCGCUGGUCGGAUUGCAGUUUGGAAGUGCUCAGCGCGAAUUAUGCUGACGGCAACUACUCGUCUUGUCUAAGGAACAAGCCAGUCCAUUUGUUUGGUCCGCCAUCAUGCGGCAACGGCUUCUUAGACCUGGGUGAGGAGUGUGACUGCGGGGUGUCCUUGGACGAAGACAAAAGCUCAUGUCACAAGUGCUGCGAUCCAGCCACGUGCCUGUUGAGGGCCAAGGCUACGUGCGUGGGGGGUGUCUGCUGCGAUGUACAGAAUUGCCAGUUCCAACCAGCAGGCACCGUCUGCCGCCCCGCCGAGCUCGAGUGCGACCUACCCGAGUAUUGCAGUGGCCUCUCCGAUUCCUGCCCAGAGGAUGUCUUCAAAAUGGAUGCUGUACCUUGUUUCGGGGAGAUGUGUGCGAGACAACGAUGCGUGUCCGCGCACGACCAACAGAGACAGAUCCUACGUCACAGAUCCAAGGAUUGCCUCGCCAACUGCUCGGGACAUGGAGUUUGUAAUUCGAAAGGUUUCUGCCACUGCGACGAUGGGUUUGCGCCUCCUCUGUGUGAUGUACCUGGCUUUGGAGGGUCAGUGGAUUCUGGACCGACCAGACCUUCAGAAUCUCCAAACUGUUCCUGCGACCAUGACAUCUCGCCUACGUAUGCUGGAGCACUAUAUGAUUCAAAACCCACUACUGUCCAUUACAAUAUAAAGGAUCGAGACUUAUACAUCACUGCCCUGGGUAGCAUCACGGUCAUCAUGGCUAUCAUCGUCCUGAUUUGCUUGCUGAAGUCGCGAUUUCAAAAAGACAAGUCCAAAUCAUCUCUCCACGGCAAAUACAGCCCAAUUUGCUCAAGACGAAGCUCAUUCAGAUCGGCUAAUAAAGAAGAAGAAAAUGACGAAGCUAAAAUUGAAAUAACGCCAGCUAUUUUGUCCAGUAUUCAUUUGAAAAAAUUAAGGAGGGAAGAAUAUAUGAAUAAGAACGAUAAGCAGGACAAACGUUCGGUAAAUACUGUUGAAGCUAUGACUACCCCGAAACAAAAAGACAAUAAGCACAUUACAGCAGAGCCGAUAGAUCAAGGUAUUGGAUACAAAGGGGCGCCUAAAAUUUGCGAAUAACCAUGGCGACAAUUGUCUUAAGGUCACACAAGACAAGACGCGGUUCACCUUUAAUAAAUUAAAUACAACGGUAGUUGUGUAUUAAUCGAUUAAAUUAUUACCACUUAUUACCAAUUGACUGGAUACAAAAGGACUGGAUACAAACGACGCAGAUAUAACUGCCAUUCAUGUAAGUUUUAGCUAGAAAAAACAUUGCGUUAUUUUAAUGUCGAUCACAGAAUUUGUAUAAUAUUAAAUUAAAAUUAAUUAACUGACAUAUACAUAAUACGUUUUUAUUUACUGACUCUAUAACUCGUAUAAUGCAACAAUAAGUUUGUUCACUCUUCACGCUUCAACACUCAACUAAUCUUAUUGAACU